UAUAAAGAUGGUUCUGCAGUCGCUGCAGGUUUCUAGUCUCCCUCGUUUCCAACCCUCGUUCAAUUGUCCAAUUCACCACUGGAAUGUCUACUGCGUUCGAAGAUAAUCGCGUAUACGAGCUGGAGGAACAGCAGCCUAAUUGAGCUGCUAGGUUUUCGUACAAUUCGCAUUCGUGUAAUUCGUUGUCGGUGACUGGCACAGAGCCUCCGCUUGAGCUGGAACAUUCAUCAGCGUAUUGUGUAGAAUGCCGAAAGAAGUGAGUUUGCCCUUGGUUGUUAUACUGAGCAUGAUAAUGGAUUGGACCUGAUCAGAGUUCAGACUGGUUGCAUUCUAGGUUUGCUAAGAAAGUUGUGGAUGUGUUGUUUCAUUUUCUAGUUAUAUUUGAGUUCAUUGGCUGAAUACCCUCCCCAAAUAUGAUCACAAAAGUCUGUUUCUUUCACUUAUUGAAACCGUGAAAUGAUUUUAUCAACGGGAAAAUGAACACAAUGCCGCAGCAGAGCAGUAACGUUAGUAUGAAUAACUCUAACAACAAUCAGCAUCAGCCGAAUCACUUGCAGCAGCAAAUGGGACAGCAGAAUCAGUUGCAGCAGCAACAAAUGGGGCAACAGAGCCAGAUGCAGCAGCAACAAAUGGGGCAACAAAACCAGCUGCAGCAGCAACAAAUGGGGCAACAAAACCAGUUGCAGCAGCAACAAAUAGGACAGCCGAACCAGUUGCAACAGCAACAGCUAGGGCAACAAAGUCAAUUGCAACAACAGCAACAGCUCGGGCAGCAGAACCAGUUGCCGCAGCAGUUGGGGCAGUCGAAUCAGAUGCAACAACAACAGUUGGGGCAACCAAAUCAGUUGCAGCAGCAACAGUUGGGUCAGUCGAAUCAGUUGCAGCAGCAACAGAUGGGCCAACCAAGCCAGUUGCAGCAGCAACAGUUGGGGCAGCCAAAUCAGACUCAGCAGCAACAUUUGGGACAGUCGAAUCAGAUGCAGCAACAACAGUUGGGGCAGCCAAAUCAGAUGCAGCAGCAACAGUUGGGACAGUCAAAUCAAUUGCAGCAAUUGGGGCAAACGAAUCAGGUGCAGCAGCAAAUGGGUCAGAUUGGCAAUGGAAAUUUGUCACGAUCAGCAUUGAUGGGACAGACUGGUCACUUGCCAAUGCUAUCUGGUCAAGCAGCGGCUGCUGCUGCCCAGUUUAGUUUGCAGAAUCAGUUUUUGACUUCGCCACGACAGAAGGCAGCCUUCAUGCAAGGGUCUCAGUUCCAUCCAGGAAAUGCUCCAGGGCAAUCCUUGCCAGGAAUGCAAUCAAUGGGAGUGAUAGGAUCUCUGAACUUGAGCUCUCAACUUCGAGCAAAUGGGACACUUCCCUAUACUCAGCAAAGGAUGGCUCCAGGCCAAUUGAGACAGCAAAUCUCACAGCAAAAUGCACUCAGUGCUGGUCAGAAACUGCAGGGACAGAAUAUCUCAAGGGCGUCAUUUAUGAAUGGGCAAAUUUCUGGCCUGCCUCAGAAUGGACAAGCAAGUAUGAUGCAGAAUGCGAUGUCUCAACAGCAGUGGUUAAAGCAAGUGACACCGAUCGCCUCUCCUAACUCUUCAUAUCGUCUUCAACAGCAUCGGCAAUUACUUCUGCAGCAACAACUAGCUUCUUCACAGUUUCACCAAACUUCAGUGGGACUAAACCCACAGCAACUGUCCCAAAUUGUACAGCAACAAUCACAGCUAGGGCAUCUACAGGCUCAGCAAAAACAGCAGCAGCAGUCCUCGCAGCAACUUUUCCUUCAGCAGCAGUCUCCUAGAAUGGCAGCCCCUGGUGGUCAGAAAUCUGUAAGUUUGACCGGAUCACAGCCGGAUGCUACUGCAUCUGGUACUACAACGCCUGGGGGGAGUUCAAGCCAAGGCACAGAAGCAAGUAAUCAACUUCUUGGGAAGAGGAAGAUACAAGAUUUAGUAUCACAGCUGGGUUUUAAUGGAAAACUGGAUCCUGAUGUUGAAGACCUCCUUUUAGAGAUUGCUGAUAACUUCAUCGAUUCGGUUACUUCAUUUGCAUGCAACCUGGCAAAGCAUCGGAAAUCUUCGACUUUGGAAGCCAAAGAUGUUUUGCUGCAUCUAGAGAAAAAUUGGGAUUUGACGAUUCCUGGUUAUUCUGGUGAAGAAAGAAAGCACAACCCCGAUCAUCCACCAAGUGAUGCCCACAAAAAGCGUCUGGAUGCGGUGCGCACUUCGACGAAACCUGUUCAACCAGAGAACAAUUCUGACAAUCAGAUGUCUGGACAAGGGCCUAGCAAUCCGGUAGGAUCUAACCAGAUGAUAAGGCCUUCUCCAAGUUCCGAGCAGUUGGUUUCGCAAUCCACCGUUCCUCAGAUGCUGCAACAGCCUACCAAAUUUUGAUAGGCUAACGGCCGGGGGCGUCUGAAUGAAUGCAAGAGAGGCAACUCCGGCUACUAGAUGCCCGCGAUGAUGACCUUUAGUCUGUUGUCGGACAAUGUUUGUCUAUCUGUCUAUCUAAUUUAUAUGUAUACAUAAUUAAUAGCGGGCGGAAAUGUUGUAAUCCUCUGCGAUCCCCAGCUAUCUUCAAACAUAUCAUCUCUCCUGUGAGCCUUUUGGACGCAAUAUUCUCGCGGCACCUUAAGAUUAUCUUACAUGUAUGUUUAUUAUGUUCAAACUUUUAUAGCCUAGGUUAGCUUGUGAUCGAGCUCAUUUUGGCCUUUUUAAGUAUCACAUGUAUAUUUUA